UUGUUCGGAUUGACAUGAAACUAUCUUGAACACUCGCCAGCACAAACUUUUUUUUUAACUCAUUGCUGACUUUAAGGUAAUCAGUUCAUUUCUUUUCUAACUCAUUUCUUGGAUUUUUUGUUCUCUCUCACUGGAAAAUUCUCACUUUUGCAACCAGUCUCAAACUUUUCUUUCUUUCCUUUUAUUUUUUUUUGGGUUUCAACUGUUGAAUUGAAUUGAUCAUCCUGUGAUUGCCUGGAAUUUCAUUUGAUUGCAUUUUUGGGAUGGCUUUAUGGUUAAGUUGUAUGUUGGAUUUCUUAGUAUGUUUUCUUUGAAUUUGGUUGCGAACGGAUCUACUGGAUGAAGAUUUGUUUCUGACUGAUUGUUUAUAUUUUAUUGAAAAGGGACUGUAUUUUUGUUGUAAAAAUUAUCUGGAGAGUGAAAGGGUUAUUGAUGCAAUGAGAUUUGCGGUUCAAAUCAGGAAAGUUAUGUAUUUUCCAAUAAGAAGUUACAUAUAAAUUUCUAAUCAUCCGUUCCUUGUGGGUUUUGUGAUGCUUCUGUAUAGAUCAUCUCCUUUUUAUCUUUUCCCUUUUGGUUUUUGCGUCUCUUGUUUUGGUUUGUACUGCAAUGUUGCUUAGUUCUCCUUUGAGUUUUGGUAAACCAAACAUACCAGAAAUUGAGAAGGAAUAGAAAGUUACCAGUCAUGAGGUUGUUUCUUUUAAGACUGGGUUUGUAGAAGAGAGUAAUGUUGUUCAGGGAGAUCUGAAGAAAGUAAUGAAAGAGAAACCACCUCGAACAAGUGCAGCACAAUUGAGCUUAAGUUUGAAAGUUCAACAUUUUUGAAUUCAAGCGUGUGAGCACUGCAAAAUUUCCCUCCUUAUCAAGUAAGGACUAGAUUUGCAGAAGUGACUCAAAUUGGCAAUGGAGGGCAACGAAGAGAAUAAAAAGAAAGGCUUGGAGGGCACUGGCCUUGAUCUUCCAGCGAAUCGUCAUGGCAAUUUGAAAAGUGCUUCCACCGACCAAAACCUCACCGAUAUUCUUUACCAUAUUAAGUCUUCCAAAACCUCUGCAGUUAUUAAUUACGGUGCAUCAUGGUGCAGAGUGUGCAGCCAGAUUCUGCCAGCAUUUUGUAAGCUGAGUAACAGCUUCCCUAAGCUUUCCUUCGUCUAUGCAGAUAUUGAUGAAUGCCUAGAAACAACUCAACAUAUUCGCUACACACCCACAUUUCAUUUCUACCGCGAUGGUGAAAAAGUCGAUGAGAUGUUUGGUGCCGGAGAUGAAAGACUUCAUGAUCGGCUGUGGCUGCACUCCUGAAUAAGAAUCUUUAGCUUAACAUUGCACUUCUGAAUACAUAUCUUUUGCUUAACUUUGUAAACCAUUUGAUGUCAAUGAUUUACCUUUUCAGGCUA